UGGACUAUGCCGUGUAAACAAUCAAACGAAAACAAGUGUCUAUUAAAAAAGGCUUAACAAGUACAUCGAUACCACAAAUGUCGAAAAUCAAAAUGAGAAUGCGGAAAAUUAACUUGAAUAAAGUUUGUAGAACAUGUUUGAGUGAACGUGGUCAUUUAAGAGAAAUAUUUUCGACGAAGUUACCAAGAAUGAUGGAAAACUGUGCAGCUGUACAGGUUUCUGAAAAGGAUGACCUUUCUCCCUACGUUUGUAUCACUUGCUUUCAUUUAAUCGCAAAAUUUUACACGUUUAAGAAAAAAAUGGAGAGAAGUGAUCGCAUCUUAAGAGCCUAUGUUCAACAAAGUGAAAUUAAACAGAAGGAUAUUUUAGAUAUAGCAAUUAGUGAAGCACAAAUUGAGCAAUCGAAUAAUGAUGAACUGGAAAGUAAUGUAAGUGAAGAAGAUAUACCUCUGAGUAAGAGGCAAGUUAAACAAAGUCCACGUUUAAUGAGAAAAAGCAAAGUUAAAGCAAACAAAAUAAUCGACGAUAUUCUUAAAGACGAUAAAGACAAUAACUCUGAAGCCAGUGAAAUUUCAUUAGACGCAGUUAAAAUCGAAAUCCCUGAGGAAUGCAGUUUUGAUUCUCGUAACACCCAAAAUUUCACUGAUGGCCCCCCACCAUUGGUACCUCUUGAGCCUACAAAAAAAAGUGACAAUAAUGGAAGCACAAUUGUAAGAGAUUUACCAGAAGAACCGCCUCCGUUAGUACCCAUAAAACCGCUAAUCAUACCGGAUAAAGCAUUAACGAACGUGAUAGAAAAUCCAAUAGAAAUUAAUCUGUGCUGCCCUACAUGUAAUCAAGAAUUUAACUCAUUGUCAUCUUUAAAAGACCACAAGUUGAAUAAUUGUAAAGAGAAUGCGUUGAAAUGCAACAUUUGCCGUAAAGAAUUCAAAGAAAGGAAACGUCUGAUUGGCCAUUUAAAAGGUCACAUGGUUGUGAAGGAUUAUGGUUGUAAAAUUUGUGGGAAGCGCUAUCCAAAUCCAAGUACUUUCAGGGUGCACAUGCGCACUCAUACAGGAGAAAGACCCUUCAAAUGUCAAAUAUGUAAUAAAGGUUUUAUUCGAUGGGCAGGAGUGGUAGGACACAUGAGAACACACCAAUCUCACAAACCUUAUAAAUGUGACACCUGUGGAAAAGGUUUUAAAAUAUCUUCCAAUUUAGAGCGGCACAAAGUCUUGCAUUCUGAAAGCUUGCCAUACUGUUGUAAUUAUUGUGGUAAAACGUUUAGCCAGUCAGAUAAUUUACAGCUGCAUAUACGUACUUACCACACAAAUGAGCGACCAUAUCUUUGUAAUGAAUGUGGGAAAGGUUUUGUAAGUUCCACCAGACUAAACAGACAUAUGUGGGUCCAUACUGGUUAUAAACCAUAUCGUUGCAAAACGUGUCCAAAGGCCUACUCUAAUUCCAAUGAUUUAAAGUAUCAUGAGAGGAAUCAUAUGGGAAACGCUACUGAUGAUGAUAAACCAUACAUGUGCAAAGUUUGUGAAAUGAGGUUUUAUCAUCCAUGUAGACUAAGUAAGCAUAUGAAAACUCAUGAGAGGCCCUAUUCUUGCUCUGUUUGUUUUAAGAGUUUUAGUACUGAUACUUUAUUAAAUAAACAUUUGACAGGAAAGAAAAGUACCCACUAUGUGCAAGUUGAAGAAGUGCAGUCAGACAAUGGUGUUAAUCAAAUAUUCUUGGAAUAUUAAGUUGUUUAUUGUGACGUUUGUGUAGGUUAGAUUGUAUAUAAGAAAGAAUGCACACAUCUUGUAGUGAAGAAUGGGAGUUGGUAAUAGAUAAAGUUUCUAUGUUUAUACACAACUUACUGUUAAUGAAUUGUAAUAAUAACGUGCCAUCAUUAAAUACCUGGUGUUAAUGGUAAAUGUGGUGAAAAUUAUGUAGUUUAAUUCUGUGCUGUGUACAGAGUUAUUAGUUAUAAAAUAUAAAUAAAUUUUAGCGCUUAGUUCCACAUUUCUGUUUUAUGAAUCUUAUGUUAAACACCGCAAUUUCAGUGUGGUUAUAGCUAGAUCACGUUUGGAAAAUGUUUAAAUAAGACUAGUCAUCAGUAUUAACUGACCAUGCAGGUAUAAACUCAAACGCUUAAAAUUACAUUUUUUUUCAACUAUUGACAUUGCAACUCAAAUUACUUAAAUGUGAAGCUUUGAAUCAAAUUUUUGUGUCUUAAAUUUUAGUUGUCAAAUGCUGGAGGGAUAAUUUCAUGUUUUCUCGAUGUUUUAUAACCUGUCGAGUGUGAAUAAGUAUGUCUCCGUUUCCAUCUGUCUGUCCCCUGUUGGUGAUUUUACUGGACUGAUUUUUGUAAAAUUUUAUAUUAUUUUAGAAAUAUCGUUUAGAUGGUAAAACCAGUGAAGAGUAAAACGUUAAUCAAAAUUUGUAUGAUCACCCCCACCAAUAAUUUGAUGACGUCAUCUAAAAAUGUUCCAGAGUAAAUCGCAUUUAUUAUUGAUAAAUGAGUAUAUACCUGUGGUUUAUUAAUUCGCCUUUAUUUUUUACCUUGAAUACCAACAUUUUACAUUUUAGCUUAGGAAUUGCAAAACCGAAUAUGUGCAAACAUUUUAAGUUUCAAAUCAAAAUUUAUCUGUUUACCUCGCCCCUCUAUCUCUCUCUCUCAAAACUUGUUGUCAUUAAAAAAAAAAUGCUGGUUAAUCCUAUCUAAGUAAAAGGUGUAAAGCGUAUGUGGUCGUUAUGAAAUUUUAAUAUAAAAAAAAUGCAAAAUUUUGUAAUUUAGGUAAUUAAUAUUAUUUUAUUAUUGUAUUUUAGAAUUUUUAUAACUCAGUGGUUAUUAAAUUCGAAAGCAAUUCUGUUACUGUGGAAGGAAAAGCUCUAGUUGACAAUUUCGAUGUAUGUGUUCUUUUUAAAACUACUAAGAAGUUGAAA